AUGGCUUCAGCUGCAACAGCGCCACAGCCCGAUGUUGAACUCUCCAUACCGCCUCUCUUCACUACUGAACCUCUCAUCCGCGAUAGCCUACCCACAGAGUCAUCGCGUGUCCAGGAUGCAACGAUAGACGAAGUCCUACCUUUUCUUCAAGGCGAAGAAUUCGACUGCUGCAACUCCCACGGCGUGCCCCAUCUGGACCGUCGCCUCCAUGUAAAGUUUCUGCAUAAGCAGCUGGGAAAGCUGCCCGCCGCUUUCACACCCGCUGACCCCAGUCGGCCCUGGUUCUUCUACUGGUGUCUGUCUGCUCUUGUUCUCCUGGGAGAGGACGUCGUGGAGUACCGACAGAGACUUGUCGAUACCGUCCGGCCUAUGCAGAAUCAAGAUGGAGGCUUCGCUGGCGGAUUCGGACAUACCUCGCAUCUCGCCACCUCCUAUGCAACCGUUCUGUCGCUGGCCCUUGUUGGCGGUGAAGACGCCUACGAGGUCAUCGACCGUCGAGCAAUGUGGAGAUGGCUAUGCUCACUCAAGCAGCCCGAUGGAGGGUUCCAGAUGGCACUCGGCGGCGAAGAGGACGUCAGGGGGGCUUACUGCGCGGCCGUCAUCAUAUCGUUACUCAAUCUACCUCUUGAGCUAUCACAGGACUCUCCUGCACGAUCCGCUGGCCACACUGGCCUGUUCACUGGGCUUGCAGACUAUGUACACCAAUCAACGACUCCGUCUCUGAUCAUUCACCGUAAAGGCCAAACGCACGAGGGAGGCGUGUCGGCAAAGCCGGGCAUCGAAGCACAUGGUGCAUAUGCUUUUUGCGCUCUCGGAUGCCUCUCGAUUCUUGAUUCUCCACAUCGUUCCAUCCCGAGGCAUCUCAAUGUUCCACUGCUUAUCUCUUGGCUGUCUUCGCGACAGUACGCCCCAGAGGGUGGUUUCUCAGGUCGCACCAAUAAGCUAGUUGACGGUUGCUACAGUCACUGGGUCGGAGGAUGCUGGCCCCUCAUCGAGGCUGCACUCAACGGACCCGGGUCCGGCCCUGGAGGGGAAGAGGCCAAUUCAGGCGGCCACGCGCUCCCUGCGGCCAAGGGUAGCCUUUUCAGCCGUGACGGCUUGAUCCGCUACAUCCUUUGUUGCUGUCAAGACCAGUCUAAGCGGGGUGGUCUGAGAGACAAACCGAGCAAGUUCUCUGACGCCUACCACACAUGCUAUGUACUUUCUGGCUUGAGCGCAGCGCAGCACAAGUGGAACUUGGAUGUUGCUCGACCUCACGAGGCUGAUGUGACAGGCGACUCGUGGUCUGUGACACCGUAUAUGGAUGGUGAACAGAUCUUUGAUGAGGAGGAUCGAGUUGCUACCGUGCAUCCGGUCUACGUUAUUCCGCAGCAUAAAGUGGAGGCCAUGCAGAGUUACUUUUCGUCCAAACAUGGCUUCUAG